GUAUGUCCUAAGAUUUAAAAUGGAAACAAGACAGAAUUGUGAUACAAUCAUAAUUUAAAAAAGAGAACGAUAAAUGUUGUCAUCUAUUAGGGUUUAAUAAUUAUAUUAUAUAUAUGAAAGUAAUAUGAGUUUUUCAUAUUUAGGAUCAUUAGAAAGUGCCAAAGAAAUAUAUUCCAUUAGAUUUUGAGAUUAAAUUUGAAAUUUUAAGGGAGAAAGUUGUAAAAAAGAGUGAAAAUGAUGAUUCUUUGGGUGAAAUUAAAGGAAUUAGUUUAAUAAAAGAUAUAGGGAUUGACACAAUAAUAAAAAAGAGGUAUUUUGGAGGAGAAGACCUUAUUAAAUAAUGGAGAGAGUAUUUGAGUAGCAGGAUAAAUUAAUGGCAAUUUCACCAAAUGUUUAGAAUAUACAAAAAAAUUGGGAAGGGAAACUUUGCAUCUGUAUUAACAUUAAUAAAUUAUUUAUAGGUUUACUUGGCAUAGAAUAUUGAAAGUGGAAAAAAUAUGGCAAUUAAAGCAUUUUCUAAGUAAGUUGCUUAUGGAGAAGAACAUGGUAAAUAGGCAAUUUAAAAUGAAUUAUAUAUAAUGAGAUAACUGAAUCAUUCACAUAUAAUGUAAAUGUAUGAAGUAUAUGAAACCUAAAAUUCACUAUAUGUGGCACUUGAAUUAUUAGAAGGAGGUUCUUUGUAUGAUUUGAUAAAAGAGAAGACUUUAUUAUCAACUACUUAAAUUUAAUAAAUAAUGGUAGGUGUAUUGUAAGGGUUAUAGAAUAUGCAUUAAAAAGAUAUAAUGCAUCGUGAUCUAAAAUUAGAAAACAUUUUAUUUAAACAAUAAAAGUAUAAUUUAAAUGUAUUUUAGUAAAAUGGAUUCAGUAGUUAUUGCUGAUUUUGGUUUGGCAACAAAAGUUAAUGAACCUAUAUAUUUAUACAGUAGAUGUGGAACUCCAGGUUUUAUUGCUCCAGAAGUUAUAAAUAUUAAGGAAUUGAAAGGUCAUUAUAGUAAAGUUUGUGAUAUUUACAGUCUAGGACUAGUGUUCUAUUUAUUAUUAUCUGGGAAAUAAGCAUUUCCUGGUAAAUGUUAUGAAACUGUAAUGAAAUAAAAUAGAGAAGCUACAAUCAAUUUUACAAUUAAAUAAUUAUAAUAAGUGCCAAGUUAGGCUAUGGAUCUAAUGAAGAGAAUGCUUGAAAAAGAUCCAAUUAGAAGAAUCUCUGCUAAUGAUUGUUUAAAGCAUCCUUUCCUUGUUGCAAUGAAUAAUUAAAUGGCAGAUGAUUCUGUUAAUGAUUCAAUGGAUGAAGAUAAUCAUUUUGGAGAAAUUGCUUCAAGAAUGAAUGCAUUAAAUGAAGAGUAUUACAAUAAUUUAAUAUAAUACUUAGAGCAAUUAAUUUCGAUGCAUUCAGAAGAAAUGCAAUUAUAAAUUCUCCAGGUUCACCAGGUAUAGUUGAAACUUAAUAAUUUAAAUAACAAAAAGUUGUUGAUUCCAUAAAUUAACUUUAAAUGAAUUCUCCAUUAUUAAAUGGGAAAAUUGAAACAAUUGAUAGUUUACCUAAUAUUGGAACUCCGAAGAUUUAAAGUUCUUUUUAGUAAUCUCCAAUAAUUAAACAUUCGUAAUUCAAAUAGUUAUAUAUAAAUAUAUAUAUUUUAGAAAUCUACCAUAAUAAUAAUAAUAAUACAUUUAAGAUCAUCCGUUACAAGAAUGA